AUGUUUUUUAUUCGUCGUCGAAACUCAAACGAUGGACCUUUGUGCCACUCCACUCCGGAACCCGAGAGAGCUCGUUCCAAUCUUCCCGUGAGCGUCUUUGGCUGGUAUCGUGUAUUGAUAUUUAGUUGGAAUCGUCGGCAAUCCAUUAACAAAGUGUUUCUGCGUCUCCGGCGAAUUUUGAGUCCGUUGCGGCUAGAACCUCUUUAUCAACACUACGGCGGGGAAUAUGAUGUGGCUGAGGAUUCCGGCGCUUUCUUCACAUUCUACGUAAACAGUUACAACACUGCAAGCGCUUUGUUUCGCAUUGAAAGACUGGAUAAUCAAGUUUGGUUAAGGGUCAGCCAUGGGUUUCCCACGAUCCGCAUUAAUUCUGCUUUCAGAAGGCGGUUGGAACUGGUGCUCCGUGGCAGAUAUGAUCCUGACCAGCAGCGCAGCCUGGAUCUCACACUCUUUCAACAAGAUGAGGCAUUGCGUGGGGUGUUCUGUGUCCUGGCUGAACGUCACUUCAUGACCGCGUUGGUCGAAAUAAUGGAGGAAGUUAUGCCGGAGUUGGAGCGUCUGAUAUUGGACCAGAAUCACAUUAGCAACCUAUGGGGCUUCUUUUAUAUGGAGAGGCGCUUUCCCUGCCUUCACAGUAUCUCUCUCAAAAACAACGACAUCAAGAGUAUUCUUGUAUUGCAAGUUUUCCAAAAUCUUCCUCUAAUCGACCUGAACCUUAAGUGGAAUCCACUGCCCAAUGGUUAUGACCAAGAUGUCAUUAAUAUUUGGCCAAGUCUCCGGGUUCUGAAUAACAUUCAACUGACCCCUAAACUGGGAAUUCCUGAUUUCGUGGAAAAACUUUGGCAGCUCACAGAUAUGAAUAGAUUAUGGUGCUGGAACCUGCUAAGGCAAUACAAUGGAGACUAUAAUCAGGCAGUUUUAGCUCUCAUGGAUAUGCAACAACGUGGCCUUAUGUCCUUUGCUAGAAUGCUUUACUUGUAAAAACGAUGAAGGAACGGGUGAUUAAAUAAAUAAUAAAUUCAAUAAAUGCUUCUACAAAUAUCAUCGACUACAGAUUAGUAAAAGA